AAUUUGCCUUUUCCUUUGAAGUAAUUGUGUAGAGAAUACAUAAUUAUGGCUUCAUUGCGCCUCCUUCUCUUACUUACUAUAGUGGUCCAAAUAGUAUUGGCUCGUAGAAUAAACCUCUGCCGUGGUUCGACUCACAAUGCCAUCUCACAUCCUACAGACUGCAGGAGAUACAUAAUGUGCUAUAAGUUCCGACCCUAUGUGUUUAUUUGUCCUUUUAAAUUGUACUUCGAUCCGGAUACCAAUAAUUGUCAACCAUGGAAAUCACCCAAAUGCCACAAACCGAAACCGCCAAUAAUACCCAAACCCUCAACACUUCCCUGUAAACAAACAACACCUCCUCCAACAACAACAACUUUACCAACAACAACAACUGACUCUACAACAACAACAACAAAACCACAAAUUGAAUUCAGAAUUGCUGCAGAAGAAUCUUCAUUAGAAUCUACGAAAACCAAACAUAUUUUUUCCUCUACACAUCCUUCAAAAUCAACAUUACAACGCAUAGCUCCAACACCUAAAACAACAACAAAACAACAUUCUGGAUCAACAACAGAAAACAUAUUCUUAAAAUCUGUACAUCAUGACGCAUUAAAACAAUCAACAUCAUCUAUGAAAACAGAAAAUCUACCAGAGCUAUCAAAAUCUGCAUCUAAAUAUUCAACAUCAUCAAAGAUACCAGUUUUGUCAAAACAUCCAAAUAAUUUACUUUCAACCGCUUCACCGCGAUCAUCACAUAAUAGUAACCAUCUUCAUUUGAUACCAGUCUCACCCAUCAUUACGCUUUGCGCUGCCGAGAAAAAGAACUAA